UCUUGUUGCGCUUUGAACCGUUUGUUUGCUUCUCACUGCACACUCGAGCAUCACGCUAUAUUGAUGACUUUGGAGUAAAUUGAAUUGUCAAACACCUAUCAAGUUGUCCUGAUACAAGACAUACAAACGACUUAACUCCGCGUGUGCGUUUAAACUUCAGCCGCAUCUUCUGAAGUCACUUUCUGUCGUCUUUUGAAUUUGUUGACUUUGAAAGCAGUAUUCAUACCGCUUUAAUUUCACCAACGCCAAAAUCUCGUUGAAACUCAUUGAAGCAGUUCUGUUUACGUGACAAGGGGUUCUCAAAACUGGCCCAAGAGGUCAACUUUCCUGCUCCCACCCUAAUCAAACACACAUGAACAAGCUAAUCAAGGUCUUCAGUAUUACUAGACAUUUGCAAGAAGACUUUGUCCCAUGGCGGGUCUUUGGAGGUCUUAUCAGGUGCUGAUAGCCAAACGUCCAUUGACAGUGCAGAUUAUAACUGCUGGCUCUCUGGUGGGUGUGGGUGAUGUCAUUUCCCAGCAGCUGAUUGAGCGCCGUGGUCUGGCCAAUCACAGCGUGAGACGCACCGCAAAGAUGAUGAGCAUUGGCUUCUUCUUUGUCGGUCCAGUGGUCAGUGGAUGGUACAAGGUGCUGGAUAAACUUGUUACUGGUGGUACUAAAAGUGCAGCUCUGAAGAAAAUGCUGGUUGACCAGGUGUGUUUUGCUCCGUGUUUCUUGGGUGCUUUCCUGGGAAUAUCUGGUGCUCUCAAUGGACUGACUGUGGAGGAGAAUGUGGUCAAACUCAAGAGGGACUACAUGGAUGCCUUGAUCUCCAAUUACUAUCUUUGGCCUCCAGUGCAGAUUGCCAAUUUUUAUUUCAUCCCUCUCCACCACAGAUUAGCUGUGGUUCAGAUCGUGGCUGUUGCCUGGAACUCUUACCUCUCCUGGAAAGCCAAUAAGAUGUGACGAUAUGUUCUAGAUCUUCCACUACCUCACACAGUUUUCGUUUGUAGUUUUUUUAAACAGUUUAUCUUUAUCAGAUAUACUCAUCCAGUUUACAUAGCAGCAUAAAGCUUACAGAUGUAGUUUGCAUUACAAAGGUCAAAGUAAACAAUGUAAUUCAGACUUUUUAUUAACAUAUGAAAUUAAUGCUAUUGUAUUAUUUGUGAUUAUGUAAAGAAUGUAUAUUGAUUCUAUGCAGUUGAUAUUAUGUCUAUUUUACCAAAGAUUUGAUGGUGAAUUAUGCUUUAUCAAAGGUACAAUCAAUAAGAACAGCAGGACUGUGUGUUACAAAAUGUGACUCCAUUUUGAGUCAUUAUUUGGUCUUCUGUGGUCAUGUGAUGUUACGGAUGUGACGUCUUCUACUGGGGCAUUGAGAAGCAUAUGAAUGCACUAAUGUGUAUAAAAUACAUCUUAUACCAUUGCCUGAACAUUCUUCAUAAAUGGCAUCACUCGUAAAGUGCAUGACAAAUUAAGACAUUAAAUAUGUGGUGUUGUUUUUUCAAUUUCUGGAUCUGAACCUUGUUAACUCAUCCUUGCGUCAUGUACUUUAGCGUGUUUAGGGACUGAAAUUGGUGAUGGGCCAUAUUUCAAAGUAAACCGCUGACACUGACAACUUGGCCUGAAUUUACUGUUUUUCCUAACACAAUGUUCAACUAAUAGACCCUGUUCUUUGCUGCCCUUGCCAAUAGGAUGUAGGGCGGCUGUUCCUCAGCUUGACUGCAAUUCACAGCUUCAGUGUUUUGAGCGGACAAAGCUGUCACUGGAUAACUAGUGUAACAAAAUGUCAUCCUUCCUAAAACAUUAAAUAACAUUAAGAAAUA